UCUAAAUCACAAUUUUUCAUUUUUUUUUUGAAUAUUUUUUAAUAGAGAGAAUAAUAAUAAUUAAACACAUUGUUUUGACUAUGAUGUUUUUCAAUAGGUAGGGAUAGGGUUCUCCCAAAGGGAGGGGGAAUAUAUUCCCUCAAUAUGAGAAUUAAACAAAUUAUACCCUGAUGAAGAAUUAAUUAAUUAAUUAAUUACAAAAUGAACAAAAGCUCUCAAUUUUUGGUGCUAUUAUCAAUGAUAAUAGCAAUAUUGUUAGGCAAAUGCAUUUGCUACAAACAUUCCAAAUUUGUUGAUCAUCCUUCUUCAAAGCUUCAAAUUGUUUCUAGGAAAUCUUUAAAAAAGUCUUUUGAUGAAGAACAUCCAUCCAAGCUUCAUGUUGUUUCUAAGGAAACAUUAAACAUUGAAUCCUCUUUCAAUCUUCCCUCUCCAUUACCCAGUUGGCCACCUGGUAAUGGGUUUGCAAGUGGUACAAUGGAUUUUGGAGGUCUAGUAGUAGCAGAAGUGACAACUUUUGACAAGGUGUGGGCAACAUAUGAUGGGGGACCAGACGAUCAAGGGGCAACCUUCUUUGAACCAACUGGACUCCCAGAAGGGUUUUUUCUAUUGGGAUAUUAUUCUCAAUCCAACAAUAGACCUCUUUAUGGACGUGUUUUGGUAGGCAAAGAUACUAGUAACCCUGCAAAUCCAGCUUUAAAGUGGCCUAUUGAUUAUGCACUUGUUUGGAGCAGCAAAUCUCUAAAGGUUAAGACAGACUCCCCUGGCUACAUUUGGGCACCCAUACCAACUGAUGGGUACCAAGCUGUGGGUCUUGUUGUUACCACCACACCAGAGAAACCUCCCCUCGAAAAGGUUCGUUGUGUUCGAUCCGAUUUCACUACCUUGUGUGAACCUGACGAAUGGAUAUGGGGUCGACAAGGUGGUGUUGAUUCUGAUGAGUUCAACAUUUUCGAGUCAAGGCCGGUUAGAAGAGGAAAACAGGCAUCAGCAGUAAGCGCAGGCACAUUUUUAUCUCGAAGUGGUGGAGGAACUACAGGAGAUACCCCUCUUUUAGUGUGCUUGAAGUAUGUGAAGAAAAACUCCACUUACAUGCCAAAUUUAGAACAAAUUGGGACAUUAAUUAACACAUAUGCUCCAAAGAUAUACAGUCACCCAAAAGAGCAAUACUUACCUUCAUCAGUUGAAUGGUAUUUCGAAAAUGGAGCACUUUUGUACAAGAAAGGAGACGAAUCUAAUCCGAUCCCAAUCGAUCCGUCGGGCUCAAAUCUCCCCCAAGGUGGUGGCAAUGACGGAGAAUACUGGAUAGAUCUUCCAAGUGAUAAAAAAGAAAGGGAAAGAGUAAAGAAAGGGAACAUGGAAUCAGCUUGUGCAUAUUAUCAUAUUAAGCCUAUGCUUGCAGGAGCUUACACUGACUUAGCCAUAUGGCUAUUUUACCCAUUUAAUGGACCAUCAAGUGCUAAAGUUGGAUUCUUAAGCAUACCAUUAGGUGAAAUUGGGGAACAUGUAGGAGAUUGGGAGCAUAUAACAUUAAGGAUUAGUAACUUUAAUGGUAUGUUAAGGAAGGUGUAUUUUUCACAACAUGCUGGUGGUGAAUGGGUGUAUCCUCCUAACCUUGAAUUUACUGAUGGUAAUAGAGUUGUGGGCUAUUCUUCCUUACAUGGACAUGCUUGUUAUCCUAAGGCAGGAGAGGUUUUGCAAGGUACUAGCUAUGUCGGAAUCCGAAACGAUACUGCUAAGAGUGACAAAGUGUUGGAUACAGGAGUUGGUUAUAAGAUCAUUUCUGCAGAUUAUUUGGGGGUUGUCACUGAGCCUUCUUGGUUGAAUUAUGCAAGGAAAUGGGGUCCUAAGAUUUCUUAUGAUAUUGCCAAUGAGAUUAAUAAGAUUGCUAAAUUAUUGCCUGGAGGCCUUAAGGACAAAUUUAUUAAGUUUACUAAGAGUUUCCCUGCUGAAUUGUUAGGGGAACAAGGGCCUAAUGGUCCUAAAAUGAAAAGGAGUUGGGAUGGAGAAGAGAUAAAUUAACACCUAUGUUCAUUCAAUUUUAGUUUUUCUAAUUAAUAUAGCAUAGGUUGUGUUUUCCUUCAUGUAAAAAGAUAAAAAUAAAGGUGAAUUAUUUUUUAUUUAAUUUAUUUGGCGUAAGAAAAAAUUGUAAUCUUUGUUAGUUUAUAUUUACUUUUACUAUUUAGUUUGUCUUGUGUAAAACUGUCUUAUAAUAAAAUUAUGAUAAGA